UCAUCCCCCCCCCCCCCCGCCACAGGCUGUCAUGCUGAUGUAGCACAGCCCCAGCUGACACAGUUCAACACUGUGAGGGAGGCGUUCUGGGAUUACGUUGCCAAGGUAACGCACACAGCUCAGGAAACCCUGCAGAUGAUCAGGAACUCCGAAUUGGGACAAGAGGUCAACGCUAGGAUCACAGAGAGUGCGGAUGUGGCCAGCCAAUACGCAGUCACUCUGCGCAGCCAGAUGACCCCCCUGGCACAGGACCUUGUGACCAAGAUCUCCCAGGAGGCCGAGCUGCUGAAGGAGCGUCUGGGGAAGGACCUGAUCACUGUCAGAGACCAGCUGGAGCCCUACAGUGAGGAGCUAAAGAGCAAAAUUCAGCAGCACGUGGAGAAGCUGAGGCAGGAGCUGGCCCCCUACACGGAGUCCCUGGACACUGCCGCCCUGAAGGCCACCCUGCUCCAGAAGAGCGAGGAGCUGAAAGGGAGCCUGGAGCAGAGUGUGCAGGAGCUGCAGUCCCAGCUUGGCCCCUACACCGAGGAGCUGAAGGAGAAAGUGGACCAGCAUCUGCAGGAGUUCAAGAAGAGCGUGGCUCCCCUGGCUGAUAAUGUCCAGACCCAGCUGGCCGAGAGAGCCAAGAUGCUGCAGCAGAGCCUGGCGCCCUACGCUGAAGACCUGAAGGAGAAGCUGGACCCCUACGCCCAGGACCUCAAAGCCCAGCUGACCGCACUCUGGGAAUCUUUCACUAAGAGUGCAUAAAUGUUCCUUAGUUUACAACUGCUUUGCAAGACUUUAUUUAAUUCCUUUCAUGAUAUUUAUAAAAGCAUGAUUUUUAUUAAUGUUCCAUUCAGUACAUUCCAUUCAGUGUAAGGAUACAAAAUGUGUAUGUAUUUGUGCUGUAUUUAAAAGCUGUGGUUGGUGAUGAGUUACUGUGAAUUGUUCAGUGUUAGAUGCAUUUUUGUGUUUUCCUCUAAUUUAUGGCAAUAAAUGCACAAAUGAA